GAAUCCAUGAGUAUUCCAUUUCUGCUUCUAGCUUUUUUUGUUCAACAAUGCUUCACUGUGAGCCUUUAUCAUCCUUUAGACCCUCUCAAUUCCACUGAAAUCAACCGCAUAAAGCUCAUAAUUCAGAAGUCUAAGCUUGGUGCCCUUCCGAACCUAACCUUCCAUUCGGUUGAUCUCGAAGAGCCAGACAAAAGAUUUGUUAUCCAGUGGUUAUCUGCCAGGAAACAGGCUAAAUUUGAUCUUCCUCGUCAAUCCAAGGUAGUUGUUCGAGCUGCGGGCGAGACGCAUGAACUUGUUGUAGACUUGGGCAGUGACUCAAUCAAGUCACACCAUAUGUACCCAGGUCACGGUUAUCCUCCAUUAACUUUCAAUGAGCUCUUCCAAGCUAGCCAAUUGCCUUUGAGUUAUCCCAUAUUCAAGAAUGAAAUAAAGAAAAGGGGCUUAAAUUUGUCCGAAGUUUCCUGCAUACCAUUUACAGUUGGCUGGUAUGGGGAACUUGUUACCAAAAGAGCUCUUAGAGUUCAAUGCUUCUACCGAGGGGGAUCAGUUAAUGUGUUUGCUAGGCCUAUUGAGGGAAUCAGCAUGCUAGUGGAUGUCGAUGAAAUGAAAAUUACAGUGUACAUUGACAGACGACUUAGAGUUCCUUUGCCCAAAGCUGAAGGUACAGACUUUAGAUCUCCAAAGAGGAAGCCUGAUUCCAUCAUAUGCAAUCUAACCAACGCCAGGCUGACCACAGAAGGCCACAAAGUGAAAUGGGGUAAUUGGGUUUUUCAUUUAAGUUUUGAUGCUCGAGCUGGCAUAGUCAUAUCAACAGCUUCUAUAUUUGAUGCCAAAUUAAACAAGUUUCGUCGCAUACUUUAUAGAGGCCAUGUAUCAGAGACAUUUGUUCCAUAUAUGGAUCCCACAAGUGAAUGGUAUUUUAAGACCUUCAUGGAUAUCGGUGAAUUCGGAUUCGGACGAGCCGCGGACACCCUCCAGCCACUGAUCGACUGCCCUGCCAAUGCCAAGUAUAUAACUGGGUAUGUAGCUGGAGCAGAUGGGCAGGCACAGGAAUUCCCAAAUGUGAUAUGCAUUUUUGAGAGGUACGAUGGGAAUGUAGCAUGGAGACACACAGAAAUAAAUGUUCCUGGAAAAGUGAUAAAAAGCGGGGAACCUGAAAUAAAUUUGGUGGUUCGGAUGGUGGCUACUGUUGGAAAUUAUGACUAUGUUCUAGAUUGGGAGUUUAAAAAUAGUGGCACCAUCAAAGUUGGGGUGCACCUUACUGGCAUCUUGGAAAUGAAAGCCACGUCAUAUACUAAUAAUGACCAAAUAAUACAAAACGUUUACGGCACGUUGGUGGCUGAUAAUACCGUUGCCGUUAACCACGACCAUUACGUGACCUAUUAUCUUGACCUUGAUAUUGAUGGUGAUGACAAUUCCUUCGUCAAAUCUAAAUUGCAAACGGCACGAGUAACGAACAAUGACAUCUCUCCGAGAAAAAGUUAUUGGACGGUUGUCAGAGAAACCGUCAAAAGAGAAGCCGAGGCUAGGGUUCGGCUGGGUGUAGAGCCAGCGGAGCUGUCAGUUGUUAAUACUAACAAGAAAACAAUACUUGGGAACCAUGUGGGUUACCGGCUGCUUCCCGGACAACCGGUUGCUUCCCUUUUGUCAGAUGACGAUUAUCCGCAGAUUAGAGCAGCUUACACCAAGUAUCAAAUUUGGGUAACGGCCUAUAACAAGUCAGAGAGAUGGGCUGGCGGAUUUUACGCUGAUCAGAGCCGAGGAGACGACGGAUUAGCCGUCUGGAGCCGCAGGAACAGAGAGAUUGAAAACAGAGAUAUAGUGAUGUGGCACACAGUUGGGUUCCAUCACAUUCCAUGUCAAGAAGAUUUCCCAGUAAUGCCAACCAUUCAUGGUGGAUUCGAGCUACGACCCACUAAUUUUUUCGAAAGCAAUCCAUUGCUAUGGCAGCCCUCUGAUAAUAGCACAAUCAACUUGGGUUUCAGCAUUAUUGCUGGUACUAAUUCUUCAUGGCUGUCGUCCUCCGGAGAUUUUGCUUUUGGUUUCUAUCGUCUUGUUAGCGGUCUGUUUCUUGUUGGAAUUUGGUUUGAUAAAAUUCCAGAAAAAACACUUGUUUGGUCAGCAAAUCGUGAUGAUCCAGCUCAGUUUGGGUCAGCCAUUAAUCUGACUCUUAAUGGCCAACUUGUUCUCCAACAUUCAAAUGGGACAGCUUUCUUAAUCUAUAAUGGCACGUCUACCUCUUCGGCUUUGAUGCAAGACAGUGGCAAUUUUGUUUUACGAGAUUCUUCCUCCAGAAACAUCUGGGAGAGUUUUGAUACUCCUACAGACACCAUAUUAUUGGGCCAAAACCCUGUUAUGGGGAAAAAGCUGUACUCUAACGCUAAUGGGUCAGUUGACUUUUCAGUGGGACGAUACAGGUUGGAGCUUCAGCCGGAUGGCAAUGUUGUUCUGUCUGCUUUCAGAUUUGCUGAUCCUGGUUACUGGAAUACUGGACUCUCAGAUGACAAAAAUGUCAGUUUGAUUUUCAACCAGAGCACAGCUUUACUGUAUGUUGUGAAGACGAAUACUAUUACAUUCAGUAUGCCAGCAAAUGUGCCAACUCCUAUUGAAGAUUACUACCACCGAGUAACUAUCAAUGAUCGUGGAAAUCUCCAACAAUUGGUUCAUCAUAAACGAGAUGGCAGUGGGUGGGUCGUUGUGUGGCAGGCCAUUAAAGAGCCUUGCACUGUCAAAAACAUUUGUGGCGUGUUUGGCUUAUGCAGUUCAGAUGAUAAUACAGCAUUCAUCUGCACAUGCUUGCCUGGAUAUUCACUAAUUGAUCCAAAUAUUCCCUCCAAAGGAUGCUAUCCUAAUGUGGUUGUAGAUUUUUGUGAUGCAAAUUCUUCAGCUUCAGGUUUCACUAUUGAAAAACUUGAUAAUGUCGAUUUCCCUAAUGGAGAAUUUGCAGACAUGGCCGUAAUCACAACAACGGAUAUAAAUAGUUGCAGGAAGGCAGUGAUGGAUGAUUGUUUGUGCACGGCUGCUGUUUGGGUCGGCUCUAGUUGUCUUAAGAAGAGGAUGCCCCUAGUGAAUGCCAUAAGAAGCAAUCCUGCUUCCAAUAAUAGGGUGGCAUUCAUCAAAGUUCCUGAAAUUAAUAACCAGGAAAAUGAAUUUCCAUCCCAGGUUGCUCUGCUAGCAAGCCUUUUAUCAUGUUCAAUAUUGGCAUUAAUUUUUGGAAGCAUUGCAAUUUAUCACCACCCUUCUAUGCAGACUUACAUAUCUCCAAAGCCAUCUUCAAAGCCAUUAGAGAUAAAUUUGAAGGAGUUCUCAUUCCGGGCAUUGCGUGAAGCAACAAAUGGGUUCAAGAACAAACUUGGCCGAGGAGCAUUUAGUACUGUCUACAGUGGGGUUAUAACCUUUAACGGUGAAGAGGUUGAAGUUGCUGUGAAAAAACUGGAGAAUGUGGUUGAUCGGGGUGAGGAGGAGUUUUUGACAGAAGUUCAAGCCAUCGGCCGUACUCAUCACAAGAAUCUCGUUCGACUGUUGGGAUUUUGCAAUGAGCACAAUCAUCGACUUCUAGUAUAUGAACUCAUGAAAAAUGGAACUCUAUCUAGUUUCCUUUUUGGAGAAGAAAAACCCAGUUGGGAUUACAGAGUCCAGAUUGUGCUUGACAUUGCAAGAGGCUUGUUAUAUUUGCAUGAAGGGUGCAACAGUGGAAUCAUUCACUGUGACAUAAAGCCAAAGAAUGUUCUUCUUGACAAAAAUUAUACAGCUAAAAUCGCAGAUUUUGGCCUAGCAAAGUUGUUGAAGAAAGAUCAAAGUUUAACUAACACCAAUAUGAGGGGAACAAUGGGAUAUAUGGCACCAGAAUGGCUCAAGAAUGCACCAGUUACAGCUAAGGUGGAUGUCUACAGCUUUGGAGUCAUGUUACUAGAGAUAAUAUUUUGCCGAAGGCACACAGAGUUGCAUCGAGUUGAUGAAGCUAUGCAGGUUGAAGAAAUGAUUCUUACAGAUUGGGUACUAUGGCAUGUCAGAGCUGGGAAUUUAGAGGCAAUUGUGAGUCAUGAUCAAGAAGCUUUGAGAAAUUUUAGAAGUUUUGAAAGAAUGAUUAUGGUAGGAAUAUGGUGCCUGCGUCCUAAUCCAGUUAAUAGACCACCCAUGAAGAAAGUUAUGCAGAUGUUGGAAGAAACUACUGCAGUCGGUGUUCCACCGGUUGAUACACAGUUUUAAGAAAUUCACUAUGUUCUCUUUUUGGGUUCAAUUAUACUAUAUGUAUAACUUUAAUAUGUAAUUUUAUAUAUAAAUAAUAAUAUAUUAUUAUAUAAUUAAGUAUUA